AAAAACAAACACCCCAAUUACCAUAGUUUAUCCUGAUUCAGAUUUACGCCGUGCAUCUCCAUUCCCUCUCGUGGCUGAACCUCCCUGCUACGGAGACGCGUUGCUGACCUCCUUCCCACGCCAUUUUUGUCUCCUUGAAGAACGCUGCCCAACGCCGCCUCUGCUCAAGCCUGCACAUCACACCACCACCACCGUCAGACGCGUGCAGUCCGCCCUUACCCUCACGACCCGGCGACGCUUUUCCCCAUCUUCCGUCGCGGGCGGCUGCUCCUCCUCCACUCCAUUGUUCUCCAACAGGAGGAAAGAGUCAUUCUUCAAAAUCCAAAAAAUAAGUCACAAAUGAAAGGAAUCAUCAGACGCCUGUUAUCUUAAUGAUUUUCGAUGUCCUGUUUCUCUUGAAUUAAUGAAGAAUCAUGUCAUUGUUUCAACAGGACAGUAACAAUGGACCAAAACCUGCACCUGGAAUCUAGAUCUCGACCAAGCCUCACUCCUUGAAUAGUAGUGACUACGUCAACGUGGCAAACUCAUUCUGCAUUUAAUCAUCAUGGCUGGUUUCGGAAACAUUGCUUCCAAUCUCGGAGAUUUGGCAACAGAGGUAGCAAAGCAGGUUGGAGGAGAAGCCCUAGCAAGCAGGUUGGUAUCUGUAAGAAAUUCGGGAGAGAACUUUGAACUUCUGAAGCAAGAACUGCAAGGACUACUUGCAUUGAAAGAAGAUAAAGAGAAGGAAGUUCAGGGAAACAGACACAAAGAUACCUCAAGUGCUUAUCGCUUAUGGUCUGCAAAGGUGUUUGAGGUAGCUGCUGAAACUCGUCAUUUGAUUGCCAAAUAUGAAACUUCAACUUGGUCUUGGAAGCAUCCAACUCUAUCCCCAGAGAUUGAGAAAAGACUUAAAGACGUUCAACAACUCGUAGAGAAGGGAAAUUCUGUGGAUUGUACAGUUGAUAAACCACCGGAUCGAAUCUUAAAAGUUUUUUAUGCUCCUGAAAUCAUGGGGUAUAAGACUCUCCAAAGUGCACUCGAAAAUAUUGUAGAUCUGCUAAAAAGCAGCAAAAUACAAACCAUUGGAGUGGCUGGAAUGAAGGGCGUGGGGAAGACAGCACUGAUGCAGAACCUAAAUAACCAUGAUGUUGUUGCAGAGAUCUUUGAUAUAGUAAUCUUUAUUAGACUCUCAGCUGAUCACACAGAUCACGAGCUUCAAUGUAAAAUAGCAAAGCGAUUGAGGGUGGAUACUGAAGUCAUCAACGAUCCCGAGGAAGUUGCGAGAAUAAUACAUGAGGAGCUGCAAACUAAGAAGUAUUUGCUGAUUUUGGAUGGGACAGCGGAUGAGAUCAACUUGAGUCAGCUGGGUAUACCAUGUAAUGACAAUCACAGUAAGGUGAUAAUAACUGCUCAACAUCGCCAAGUUUGUACCUUGAAUGGAGCAGAAAGGAUGAUUGAGGUAGGCCUGUUAUCCCGGGAUGAGGCAUGGAAGAUGUUCUGUAACACUGUAGGUCCUGUGAUUGAUCUCCCGGACAUUCCAGAGAUAGCUCGGCGUGUAUGUGACAAGUGCUCUUGUCUUCCCCUUCUGAUACAAAAGAUAGCACGCUCUUUCAGAUUGAAAAAGAGUGCUUCCAGCUGGAGGGUAGGACUGGAAGAUCUUGAAGAACGAUGGCCGGAUUAUGAGAAUGAAGGCGUGAGUGAGUUGUACUCAUUCUUGACGUUCUGUUAUGAUGAAUUGAAAGAUGAAAACAAACAGAAAUGCUUUCUGUAUGCUUCAUUGUACCCUGCCAAUUGCAAGGUUUAUACUGACUAUUUGGUGGAGUGUUGGGCUGCUCAGAACUUCCUUGGUGAUGUUAACAACACAAGGAAAUACCAAAAGGCACGGGAUCGUGGUCAGGCAAUAUUGGAACAUCUUACUGAUGUCUCUCUUCUGGAUAGAGGAAAACAGAUGAUAUAUGUUUCCAUGAAUGAUUGUAUGCAACAACUUGCUUUGCAUAUAUCAUCUAAGCACCCUGAAUGUAGUUCUUAUGUCCAAACUAGAGAGAAACUUGGUGAUGCCCAAGAAUCAUUAUCAUGGGAGAAGGCUAGAUGGGUAUCAAUGAUAGACACUAAUCUGAAAAAUUUGCCAACAAACCAAGAUUGUAGCAUGCUUUUGAUGCUAUUGCUGCAAAAGAAUCCAGACUUGUCUACGAUCCCACAACUGUUUUUCAAGAAACACAUGAGAAGUCUUCUUGUGUUGGACUUGUAUGGCACUGGAAUUGGGUGGUUACCAUCAUCGAUGUCAAAGUUAACAGGUCUUAAAGGGCUGUAUCUUAAUCACUGUAAGCAUCUAAGGGAGUUACAUCCUGCUAUUCGAACACUUGAGCUUCUUGAGUUCCUCGACAUUCGGGGUACCCAGAUAAGCUUCAUCCCAUCUCUUAUUGGGUACUUGAUCAAUUUAAGAUGCCUGCGAGUCCCAUACAUCAGAAGUGGUGAUCAAAAUAUGGAUCAAACAGGUGAUCUUGAUCCUUGUGCAAUUUUAAGGCUCACAAGAUUAGAAGAAUUGGUCAUCGAAGUAGUUUCCUUUGAGGACUGGUGCAGUAAUGCAGAAAAUGUGAUGGCGAUGUUGACUUCUUUGGAACAUCUAACCAACCUUCAGUGCAGCUUUCCCUCUUCCAACAUUCUUGACAGGUUUCUAAGAAGGAGAUCUGGAAGGCAAUUUACUUCGUUCCAAUUCUUUGUCGGAUGUCCAAACUCAAAACGGCCACAAAUUCUAGAGUCUUUUGAGUAUAGGAUUUCCAAAUACAUAAGGUAUGACAAUAGCAAGCAUGAGAAUACUUUUUCAAUAAGUGAGAUACUUCCUCAAACCCAUGCAGUUGAAUUGGUACACUUCAAGGAAAUUAAAGAAAUAUCAGACCUUGGAAAAGAAAACUUGGAGCAAAUUCGCGGUCUUUCACUCGAGGAAUGCAAUGAAAUUCAUACCCUUAUAGGAGGUAAUGCGAAUGGUUCUAGAGAUGAAAUCAGCCUGCCAAAUCUAGAGCAAUUGCUGUUAAACAAAUUGCUUGAAUUGAAUUGUGUGUUUCGAGGUCCUCUGAAUCCUGGAUCCCUUUCCAAAUUAAAGGUUUUGACAUUGAAGAAUUGCCCGUUUUUAAUAACCAUUUUUUGCAAUGGGGCUAUUCAAUAUCUCUCAGAGCUUCAGAAACUGGAAAUUCACAGCUGCUUUAGAUUAGAAGAACUUAUUCCAAUCAUAGAGGUCGGUGAGGAUGUUCUUCCAAAACUGGAGGUGCUGCUGCUAGCUAACUUGCCAAGACUCAGAUUUGUAACCCCAGACAUGACAUUGAGAUGGUCCUCUCUAGAGCGAGUAAAUAUAUACAGGUGCCCUUUGUUGAAAUCUUUACCAUUUUGCAAGGACAAGGAAACAAACCUAAGAUCCAUUAGGGGUGAACAAGGAUGGUGGAAUGAGUUGAAGUGGAGACACAAAGCUCAAUACCAAGACAUAUUUCUACCCUCGAAUGAGCUUACAUUUUAGCCAUAUUUCUUCAUGGCUCGCAUUAAUGUUUUAUGAAGAAAUGAAAAGCAAGUUGUGCUUGUGCCUGUUGCAUUUUCCUAGUAUGUUCUGUCUUAAAAACAUUGUAAGUUGUAACAUCUUGUUCAUGGAUAAAGUUUGAUUUGUGUGUAAGUUAGAAGAGUCUUUCCUUCUAAUAAUAUCUUCUUUGAAAAAAACAAAUGCAGAUCAUGCAAGAUUUUUUAGUGCAUGUGGAGUAGAGUAGUUAGCUUUCGUCAGAAAAAUCAUUUUAAGCAAAUGUAUCGGUUGAAAACUCCGAUCACACUUCAUGAUGUUCAAAUUGAUGGGAGAUAUCAUAAUCGGUUUGUAUGGAUAGUGUUUGUUUAAUGAAUACCUUGUGCGCAGUUCCUAGUUAGAUUUUAACA